CAAUGGCGAUCCCAGGCAGAAUUCAAUCCCAUCGCCUCUUUGUUCCCCAGGUUAGAUAAUCCAAGUUGCCAGCGCUUCAGUUUUGUGUGGUGCGGUCAUGUUCUUUAUUUCUCGGAGUGGGAGCUGGCCUCGUGGGGUGGUCAAAUGUUGAUCGAUUAAAAGGUCAAGAAAGAAACACAACAGAGAGAGAGAGAGAGAGGACGUUUCCAGAGAGACCGAUGCCUCCUCUACAGUGAGUGAAGCAGGAAGAACCCAGCGAGGGAGCUCAAAGCGAGAGCGUGCUUUCAGGAAAUCCCCCGGAGCUCCAGCGGGGUUACGGUGCUGGAAGGUCCCCAGAGGCCGACCGGAGGCUUGCUGAGAGAGAAGGGUGGAGGGGAGGAACCCCCGCCCUGGAAGAAGGCGACGGCUGCCGGUUGUCGGCUGGCGAGACUCGAAAGCUUCCGUUUGGCAAUCUUCCAAGGAUCUGAGAAAAACACAAACAGCCCAUUAUAAACGGGAGACAGAGAGCCCAGGCAGUUCACUGAAAGCGCCACGUUACCAUGAAACAAGAUGGGGACCAUCAAAGAUCUCGAUAGUUUGCAAAUCUCAGUAUCAGAGCCAGUUGAGAUGGAGAAUAAGUGUUUGCCAGAGGGUGCUGUCUGUAAUAACCAAGGAGAGAAAGUUGGAAAAGCUGCAUUGCAUUCCAACUGCCAGGCUCAUUGUUCCAACCCUUGUACAGCCAAUAAUCCAGACAAUCUAAAUCACAGCCAUCUGGUGGAGACGAGCAUUAAUGUGCCUAAAAAUGCCAAUACAGAAACUGGCAAGUCGCAUAAAACUCCAGAGAAUGAUUUAAGCAAGGAGCCGGUGCAAAAAGAAUCCAGCUGCGCCUUCAGUAACAGCACUGACGAUGCCAUCGAAGCCAUUUGCCUCAAUAUUAAAGAAAGCACAGGGUUGAAUGUUGACAGUUCAGAAGCUGAACCAGAGAUGCCCUUGACAGGAUGCGAGCUAGAGGACAGGGGAAUGGAAACAUCCAGCUGCACUGACCCUCAGGAAUCCCUUAACCAGAAAGAGAUGGCAAAACCCACAAACGUUGGAUCAAUUCUUCAGUCAGACAUAAACAGGCUAGAAAUUUGCCAGCAGAGUGAGCAAGUGAGUACAGACAUUGAGACAGCUGAAGGCCUUUCACAGAUAUCAACACCUGCCACAACUAGCCAAGAUGCUGAGGUUCAGGUAGCUAUUCAAGUGCAGAAGAUUUCUGUUGCCACCAGCCCCCUGGCUCCCUUAGAUAACUACCCAGUAUUUAAAAUCCCUGAUAUCAGAUUACGAGAUCAAAGAGUGGAGAAGACAGCAGCAUGUCCAGUGACCUCAUCAUCUCUCACUACACCACCAAGAAAAGAUGUUGAGAUGCAGGUGGAUAUAACAGUGCAAUGUAAAUCAGUAGCCACUGGCCCAAUGACUCCAUUAGAGAAGACCCCACUUGCUACACUCCCUGAAGUUCAAGUGGAGGCCAUGGAAGAUGAGCAACCAGAGCCAGUGCGCGAUGUCCAGUGGGAUGAAAAAGGGAUGACAUGGGAAGUCUAUGGAGCAUCCAUGGAUGCAGAAGUGCUAGGACUAGCUAUCCAGAAACAUUUGGAAAAACAAAUAGAGGAGCAUGGCAAACAAAACACUGAAGUGUGUCAAAAUGAUAAACCCAUUUCAAGGAAAGAAUCUUUGAGAAAGGAAGAAAACAAGAGACGGCAAAGUAAUGUUUUUCAAGCAGUUCUGCACAACAUAAGAAGUCCACAGUGCUGUACCCGUGGGAGCACUGCAGCAGAAUGAUUUCCAUUUGAUUGGGCCCAUUGAUUAAAUGGCGAAGAAACAUAAAAACCAUUUCCUUUCAUUUCCCUAUCUUUCUCAUACUUUACCUUGGCAAGUUGAUUAAUCACCAAAAUUAAUUUGUGUCACAGAGAUCAAAGAUUAUAAGUACAUAAGCAAGUGACGAAUAUGCUUAAAGCAGAUAAUUUGUUUCAUUUAUUCUUCCAAUUUCUUUUAUCUUAAUGUCUUUAAAAUUGAACUAUUCAUCCAGCCACACAUUUCCUAGAAUUGCAGCAGUGCAUGUGUAAUAAUAACAUGUACAGAGGUUCUUUGGUUUCACAAGAAAUGAAUUAGGAUUGCUAUUUUAUCCCCAUUAUCUGAUCUUGCUAUCGGAGACCAAAUGCACACAACAAAAUAGCUGGCAGAAUAGGUUCCUGGCAUCUAUCACCACUGCUCUGAAAAGGUUGACAAGGAUUAAUGCAGCUUCUCCUAUUUCCCUGCAGCCCCCUCACUUGUGGGGAAUCACUGGUCUGAAGUUGGUGUCUCCCUCCAGAGAUGCAGUUAUGUGGGGGGAGCUCAAGAAGUGUCAUUGCAGAUUGAACCCACCUUCAGACUGGUGGUGCCAUUGGUUGAUGUUUAUUUCGGCUGCAUUGCCAUAUCAUCCAAAUCUCCUUUUUAAAGUACAUUUAUUUGGAAACUAUAUUCAGUUUCUAAAAAAAAAUUGAGGUACUUUUUAUUUUCCUUUUAUAUAUAAUAUAUUUCAUCAGAAUAACAUUUGACCCUUAUUAAAGAAAUAAAUGCCUCUGCAUAAUUUGCUAAAUCCUCUGUGCAGUAGAUAAAUUUGUUUUAAUUUAUACAAAAUAAGGGCUUUCCAAGGAGCAUUUUAAAGCUUUCACUGAAAACAAAAUAAUUGGGUAUGGUUUACCUGGUUAACAGAACUGAAACAAAUGAAAACUGAACACUUCAAUUAAAUUAUUUAAUACAAUUGUAUUAAGAUAUUUUCAGAUCAGUAGAAUGUGAAUACAGUCCCAGCACUGCUUGACAAUUAUGUUUCUAUUUUUCUAACUAUUUCUAGCUUUCCAGUGUGGCUGUUAAUCUAAUUAGAUGGGUAUAACUUAUCCAUUGAACAAAUACAAAAAAAACCCAAAAAUGUAUAGUUGCCUCAGUUUAGCUAAUGUCUGAAGUCGUUUCUUAUACACUAACUUGGCUGCUAUUGAGUGGUAUGUGUGCUAACAUAAUUGUAGAUUCAAGUUUUGUAUUGGUCACUUUACACUAAUAUAUUGUUAUUAUUGAUCUAUUCCGACAAGCAGAAAUCUGAAGUAAAGUGUUUGCUGAAUGUGAUACUGAAUUAAUCUCUUGGGUGCUCUAUGUUGAAUGGAUAGAAAUAACCAUUAAAUAUUACAGUUUACUCCAUCCUCUCAUCAUAAAAGGCAGCAAACCUCUUAUUAUAAUUUGUUUUUUUUUGUGGACAAUGCUCCAUUUAUUCACAAAGUAUAAUCUAUCUGUAAAACCUUGCUGUUUUGUGGGCAAUCUCAAUGCCAGAACUUGUUUCUUAAAAAUAUGUCAAGGUCAGAUUUCUGUUCCAUUGUUAUGAAUAGUUUUAGUGUGGGUUGUUAAAAUAUUGUAAUCUCAAAUGUUGUAAAAUUUCA